UAAAUUGAAAACUGUGAUGAAUCCUGUGCCUCCUUGUGUUUAGAAAGAACACCAGUUAUUGCAAAUUCUAAUAAAUGUCUUAUUUAAUUUACAGUAGUUACAUCAACAUUUAAACUUUGACAUCUCAAAGAUAAAUGUUUUAAAUAUUUCAUUUUCUCCUCAAGUUUUCAGCAGAUCCAACUGAAAACUCCCCACCCCCCCAAAAAAGGAGUUGAAUCUUUUAUUUAUGUUCUUUGCAUAAACACUAGCUUGUUUAAUGGAGCAAGGAAGAAUGAAGUGCACAGUUCUCACAAAACAAUCACAUUCAUCUUUUUUUAUGUUGUGUUUACAUUCUUAACUUUUUCCAAACGGUGGCUAUACAUAAGCAGGCCGUGACAGAAAGUGUAUGAGGCUUUUUGACAGAGCCACACACCGGCUGCUUAGCGUGUGCAGCUCGUGCUCUGCAGUAGUCCCCCGGGUAGGCAGUUGCGAUGAACUGGAUGUCAACAGAUGCAUAAGGGGCUGUCGAAGUUUGAGAACUGCAGCAGCACACCGGUGCGCGCCUGCCACGACCACAGGGGGGCGAUCGAGGUCUUUCCGCGUUGCGCAAACGUGCCUCUCGCGGCGGAGCGCAGCUCCCCAAUAACACGAGCACAAUGGUCAACGGGCGAGACUGAGCGGCAGACAGAGUCGCGCUGCGCAUACUUACCUAAGGCUAUUUCACAUGGCAUCCUAAAACUUUGAUACAUCUCGAUUCUGACGCUGCUCGUGUGAUUUAUGGAGCCACGCAGCAUGCUCUCCGUGGCAGCACCUGCUUUUUGGUGAGUGCGAGUCCAGGCUUAAUGCAGCGGUGCAUGUUUUUUGGGGAGGGGGAGAUGGGCAGGUGAUGAGAGAUCCUGUUGAAUAAAGACCCGACGGCGAGCCGUGACCAAAACUGUCAUCCUUCGAAUGCGAUCACACCUGACUGCUGAGGUGUCAUGUUCUGCGUUUGGCAACGUCGAGGAAUAUCUGAGCGCGAUGGAAAUCUGCACAAACCUGGGAUGUACAUCCUCAGCCAUCUCUACCUUGUUGUAUUGAGGGUGGAAGCUGAGAAGACAUCCUCAUAUGAUUUCCUACCUGUUGCUGGUGUCAAGCGGAUUCAGUGAUUCAUUCAUAGCCACCGAAGGGGCAGAGGACGGAGCAAACCUACACCCCACCCCUCCCUCGCAGCGAAGAUGGGAACCAGUGAUUUCAUAGGGGAAUAAAGUCUCUUCCGAGCACCUCAGAUAACGGAGCUCUCCUCCUGCAUUCGGUUUCCUUUUGGAUAACACAUGCGCGCGCCGCGCACAUGGAUUCUAGAACUGUUGGACACCUUUUUUUCUCAUUAUGAUGACGAUUAUGAUGAUGAUGUCACCAGAAGCACGUCGCUUCGCCACAGUUGUAAAGUCCAAUCACAAUAAGUAAAAGUGCACUGAAAGAGCUUAAAGCACUUCCGAAGGCAGCGGACCUGCAGUGCCAGUGAACUGCAUUUAUGAACUUGAGGCCGUCUUUAGCUCAAACUCGUUCUUCAGCCCGUUGACCAUCAUUCGGAACGCUUUAUAGUUUGAGAAGAUGGAGUUUGCUAUGGUCGGCGCGGACAGCGGGGGCUGCAACACCCACCUGCCCUAUGGAUAUGCCCAGGCACGCGUCAGGGAGAGAGAGCGCGAGCGGGAGCGGCAGUCUCGCGCAGCGGCGGUAGCCGAAGCCGGAACGGUCGGAGAGGGAGGUGGGUCCGGCGGCCAUCCCCACAACCAUCCGCAUCAGAGUCGCACCGCCUCUUCAACGAAUACCAACAACAGUAGCGCCGGGACCGCCUCGCGCCCCUCCUCCUCCUCCUCCUCCUCCCAACAGUCGCAACAGCAACAGCAGCAGCAGCAACACCACGAGCCGCUACAGCAACUUCUCCGAGAGCGAAAAAAGCAACGAAGCGUCGCGCGCUGGAGACGGAACCGCGCGGCACUCGGCGGGGAUCUACGCCAGUCAGAGUUGGCGCUCCUAGGAUCCGAGGAGGACAUCAUGAUCGAGGAGGAGGAGGCGGAGGGCGAGGAGGAAGAGGAGGACAGGGGAAGCAAGAGAUCGACUUUUGUCUAUAACAUGGAUUAUGAAGAGGAGACGGUUUCGUUAACAGACAGGCGUCCUCAGUCCGGCUACGAAAAUGUUUACAACGAAUAUGGCUGCUGCGAGAGAGUUGUCAUCAACGUGUCAGGCUUGAAGUUUGAGACCCAGCUGAAGACACUCGCGCAGUUCCCAGACACGCUCCUGGGCGACCCUGAGAAGCGAAUCAGGUACUUCGACCCUCUGCGUAACGAAUACUUCUUCGACAGGAAUCGACCGAGCUUUGAUGCCAUUCUGUACUUCUAUCAGUCCGGGGGGCGCUUGAAGAGACCCGUCAACGUGCCAUUUGACAUCUUUUCCGAGGAGGUCAAGUUCUAUGAACUCGGGGAAGAGGCGAUGCUCAAGUUUCGCGAGGAUGAGGGCUUCGUGAAGGAGGAGGAGAAGCCGCUGCCCGAGGACGAGUUCAAACGCCAGAUCUGGCUGCUCUUCGAGUAUCCGGAGAGUUCAAGUCCAGCCAGAGGGAUCGCGGUCGUGUCAGUGCUGGUCAUCGUCAUAUCCAUCGUCAUCUUUUGUUUGGAGACAUUGCCAGAAUUCAGGGACGACAAAGAAUUCCUCAGCCCAGGUAAAAACUCCACGCAGGCGGACAAUGGAUUUACGCCGUUCAACGACCCAUUUUUCAUCGUUGAGACGGUGUGCAUCAUUUGGUUCUCGUUUGAGAUCAUUGUGCGCUUCUUCGCGAGCCCCAGUAAAACAGCUUUCUUUAAAAACGCGAUGAACUCCAUAGAUAUCGUCUCUAUUUUGCCUUACUUCAUAACUCUCGGCACAGACCUCGCACAGCAGCAAGGCAACGGGCAACAUGCAAUGAGUUUCGCGAUCCUGAGGAUAAUACGACUCGUCCGCGUGUUCAGGAUCUUCAAACUGUCUCGGCACUCGAAAGGUCUCCAGAUCCUGGGGCACACUUUGCGCGCGAGCAUGCGAGAGCUGGCGCUGCUCAUCUUCUUCCUCGUCAUCGGCGUCAUCCUGUUCUCCAGCGCGGUGUACUUCGCGGAGGCGGACGAGCCCUCGUCUCAGUUCACCAGCAUCCCAGACGCGUUCUGGUGGGCUGUAGUGACCAUGACCACGGUGGGCUACGGGGACAUGAAGCCCAUCACGGUCGGGGGCAAAAUCGUGGGCUCGUUGUGCGCCAUCGCUGGUGUCCUGACCAUUGCGCUUCCAGUCCCUGUCAUCGUGUCAAACUUUAACUAUUUCUACCACCGGGAGACUGAUAACGAGGACCAGGCGCCCGUUGUGGAACAGCCCCCGCCGGGCUGCCCGUACUUUCCGGAUUUCCUGAGAAAAUUCAAAGGUUCCCCAUCGGGGUCGUCUUUGGGUGACAAGGCGGCAGAGUACAUGGAGAUGGAGGAAGGAGUGACAGAAUCUCUGUGUGGGGCAGACACGCAAAGCCCGAGUAGAGGGAACGGUACUGACUUAGGCGGAAAAAACAGUUCACAAUCACGAACCCUACAGACAGAUGUAUGAUUAUGGACGAACGAUAACCGCCUCGGGAGGUUUUCAUAAAGAUGACUGCACAAAUGAAUCAGUUAACAGCACACAUGCACAACUUGAAUACAUAUAGGCUAUCCAGUACGCACGUGCGCAACACAACGAGACACUCUCUCUCUCUCUCUCUCUCUCUCUCUCUCUCUCUCUUUCACACACUCACACACACACACACACACACACACACACACACACAUAUACAUGCAUACACGCACUCAUCAAGUUCUGGACCUGAGCUGAAACAUUUUUGCAAUGUGGCUACUUUUGUAGUGAAACAUACCCUGUAAUCACGUGACAGGCAACGCAAAAACCACCAGCUUUACGUGACGUGGAGGUGUGUCUAUCUGCCCACGACUCCCGGUUCAUUAAUGAAGGCAACAAAAAGAACUUGCAUAGGCACUUUAUGAGUUACAUUUGUCAGUAAUUGUAGGUAAAAGAGGCGAGUUCUUCUUAUCUAAUGCUAUUAUGCAAUAACGUUUAAAUUGUUUGCACUAUCAUCAGUUAUGUUAUGGUCUCCCAGUUUAAAGCAGAGGAAAGGACCAGGUAACAUUGAGGUAGAGAGGGAGGACACUGAAUUGAAAAACAACUCAGCAAUCAUACUACGACUUGCAUUUUGGAUUAAUUCGAAAUACUAGCAAACAUAUGCUGCAGUCUUCUCUGAUGAAAACCAAUUCAGCUAAUAGUAACGACUUAUUUUAACGUAUUUGAAUUAUUAUGAUUAAUUAAAAGGCAGCAUACUGCGUAACUUAAGGCAAUGUUAUCUUAAAUCCCAUUAUGGCAGCAAUGUGUCAGUAUGGCAGUGUUCAGUAUGUUCUACACUCUGGUAAAACUCCUUUUAGCAC